UGUUCAACUAACCUGCAUCUCAAAAUUUACAUAUGAAAGAAAAAAUGGAAAGACAAAACAAUAACUCUAAAUACAUACAGGAGAUGAUUAAUACAUAAGAUUACCUCAAAACAUAUAUGGAUGUAAAUUCUCUCCAAGCAAAGAGUUAGGAGAUACACGUACUGAAAACCCAUACCAAAUAGAAACUUGACCUAUAUACUCUUUUAAUUAUUACUUUCAAAUUCAGCAAUUGCAGUUCAUUAGUGAUGGCUAGUUCACAAGGACAGAAAUUUGCAAACAAAAACUCAUUUGUCUGGAAUUAUAUCAUACAUAUUGCGUCAGAUAAUAAAUCGCAUCGUACUAACUAUUAUCAAUUUAUUUAUCUGUUUUCAUUUUUUCCAUUAUACAUAAAUGAGCUAAAUCUUUUAAAAUAUGAUACAAAAUGUGUUUUGAUAGUGUACAUUUUAGGUAAGCAAGGAAAUGGCAACAAAUGUGAAAUAGUAGCCAUGUGUGUGCACUUAUACUUAACUGUUUCUAUAUUGCUUCAAUUUCAGAUCAACUCCUUGAUUUUUUUAAUAGCGUGUUUUAAGAUCAUGACCGAGAGAAUAUCUAUUACAGAUUUGUUGAAUGAGGAUAGAAUAAUAAAAAUAUGUGCACCUAUGGUUCGAUAUUCUCGUCGAGCAUUUAGAAUGCUUGUGAGAAAAUAUGGAUGUGAUUUGGCAUACACACCGAUGAUCAUAUCAAACUCUUUUGCACAAUCGAAACAAUGCAGAGAUAAUGAAUUUCAACCGCAUGAACUCGAUCGACCCUUGGUGGUGCAGUUUGCUGCAAGCAAUGCAAAAGACUUUGCGGAUGCAACUGAAAUCGUCUUUCCAGAUGUGGACGGAGUUGGUUUGAACUGUGGCUGCCCACAACGCUGGGCAAUGGCCGAAGGAUAUGGGGCUAAAUUGAUUAAAAACCCUGAAUUAGUACGAGAUAUCAUUAAAACAACAAGAAAUAGAAUCCCAAGUAAUGACUUUUCAAUAUCAGUCAAGAUAAGGAUUCUUGAAACUGAAAAAGGAACGGUGGACAUGUGUAGGCAAUUUGAAAGUGCUGGCGCAUCUUAUAUAUCUGUUCAUGGCAGAACAACAAAAGAAAGAAAUCAACCUCCUCAUUAUGAUAUCAUAAAGUCAAUUAAAGAUUCUGUAGAUAUUCCAGUCGUCGCAAACGGCGGUAUCAAAACUCCACACGAUAUUGAAAGAAUACAUGAAAUCACAGGUGUGAAUGGAGUGAUGGUCGCCCAAGGUUUAUUGAACAAUCCAGCAAUGUUUGGUGGAUAUGAAAAAACUCCUGUACAAUGCAUUGAAGAUUGGCUAUCUGUGACUGAACAGUUUGAAACCAUAUUUCAGCACUUUCAUAAUCACUUAAUAUAUAUGCAAAAAUACACCACCCCUAAGUGGGAAAAGCAAGUUUUUAACAACCUCAAACAUAAAAAGGACAUACUGGACUACCUAUCUCUAAAAUAUGAAUUAUAAUGACACGCCAUGGACAGUGUGAUGCGAUCGCUUCAGCUAUGGUCGUGAGUGCUACCGAUGUUGAGAAAAAUUUUAUAAAUCCUGAUACAGUGCAAUAAAUUUUGAAUAGUUGUGCUUGUAUCAAUAAAUGUACGUUAGGUUUUUACAA